AUGGACGAAAAGUUCAUUCAUUUCGCAAACGGUCUGAAUGGACAAGUCAAGAGAACGGAAGCAUCGGUAAUAGCGACAGCCAAUAUGGUGAAGCAUUUGGACGAGAGGGUCGUAUCUUUAUCAGAGCGAGUCAAGAACGUGCAGAAGACCACCAAUCGGUUCUAUUACAAUGAUAAUGCAAUGGCGAAUAUGGUCGAAGCUUUGAACGAUGUGUCUUCCUCUUGCACUCAGAUUCUGAGAAGCAUGGGACAUGAUGUGCGUCCCGCCAGGAACACAGAGAUCUCAGCUUCCAGUCCGCCAGUUUUUCGCACAUCAUCACAGGAUGAAGGAGCACCAUUCGCCGUACCAUGUUUAUCAAGCGUUAGCUCGGUUUACUGUGCCUGCACUCGAGACACUCCUUCCCCGUCCAUCGACUCUCAGAUGCUGCCGGCUGACAGCGACGAGGGACAUGAAAUUAAGGCCACCAUCAUUGAGAACACCAUGGGUGAGGUGGCGGACCAAGACCAGCAAGACCAUUAG